AUGACAGGGUAUGGCAGUGGGAGCAUGUACAGCCGACCUGCCUACGGUGGCGUCAAUUCCGGCGGCAUGUACGGCAGCGGCGGCGCCUACAGCACGACAGGCGGCAUGUAUGGCGCCUCGCCCUACGGCGGGGCGGGCAUGGGCUCCUACGGCCAUGCUGGCGGGGCUGGGGGGGGCCUCAUGCACUUCUUCGGCCGCCUCUCCUUCCUCGUGGACGAGAACGCGCACGCCGUCCACUUCUUCGUCUCGGCCCUGCUCCAGCUGCUGGACCGCGCGGGGUCGCUGUACGGCGAGCUGGCGCGCUUCAUCCUCCGCAUCCUGGGCGUACGGCGCGCCAAGAAGGCGGGCCAGGCCCUGGUGGCUGCGUCGGGGCCGGGCCAGCCGCCGCUGCCGCUCGGGGCACCGGCUGCGCCCAAGCCCCUGCCCGCCGCCGCCUCUGCAGCAGGCGGCGCUCCCUGGGACAGCGUGUGGAAGAAGCAGGACUGA